AUGAGAGAUCAGAUAGACCUGCUGGCCACAGUCACCGUUCUGGGGGUCCUGGAGCAAGCCUAUUUUGCAAUGCAGGUGAUCUAUGCCCGUCGGAAGUACAAGAUUUCCCCUCCUGAAACAACAGGUCACCCUGAAUUUGAGCGGACCUUCAGAGCCCAGGCAAACUGCUCAGAGUACUUCCCAAUCUUCAUUUCCCUCCUCUGGGUUGCUGGAAUCUUCUUCCAUCAAGGUGUGACUGCAGUGUGUGGGCUCUUGUACCUCUACACCCGCCUCAAGUACUUCCAGUGCUACGCCGUGGCUGCGCAGGGACGGUUGGGACCACUGUAUGCCAGUGCCUGGCUGCUCUGGCUGCUGAUGGGGCUGGCUCUGGCCGGGCUCCUGGCACACUUCCUGUGGCCCAGCUCCUCCACAGGGAUGGCAGCACUGCUGUGGCCUUUCCAGCUCCGUGGUGCCCACUGAGAGGGGCCACGGCUCUCCCAAAACUCAC